AUGAGGAGAUUUUCCACGGCCGUUAUCAUCACCGACCCUUUGGUCAAAUACCAGUCACUAGUUGCCGCAGGUGUUUACUCUCCCGACCCGGCCCAACACCGUCUGGCACGCCAUUUACACAAGAUCUAUGUCCGUAUAAAGGACUACUCUCCCCAGACCGAAUAUCGCCAGCGGCUGGAUCAAGUAGCCCGUCUCACUGAACCCAAAAAGACACCGCAGGAAGAAACCGGAGAGGGCAUCCUGGCACUACGCCACCACGCAAUAUGGCGGAAUCCCAUAUUCAAACAUCUACUCAACACGCCUGAGGCUAUUGACAUUGAUUCUCCCAAGGGACUAUUUCUUUCUGGAGAAGUUGGCACGGGAAAGUCGAUGCUGCUGGAUCUUCUCGCUGAGGGUUUGCCAACGCAGAAGAAGAAGCGAUGGCAUUUCAACACGUUCAUGCUCUACACAUUAUCCCAACUCGAAAAUCAUCGAAAGUCACACCCUCAGUCUUCAGACGCAGCCGCAGAAUAUUCGCUCCUCUGGAUGGCCAAGAAACUCAUCGACGAGUCUCCAAUCCUCUUCCUAGACGAAUUCCAGCUCCCAGACCGUGCUGCUAGCAAAAUUCUCAGCAACUUAUUCGUUACCUUCUUCCAGCUCGGCGGAGUCCUUGUCGCAUCAUCAAAUCGGAUGCCGGAGGAGCUACAGAACGCUACGGGCAUUGAUUACGCCCCGACAUCGAGGGGUAUUAUGGGCAAGAUAUUUGGGAGCGCGACACAGGUCCUCAAGGCUAGAUGCGAUUUUUGGCAGAUGGAGGGAGUCCAAGAUUGGCGGCGGAGGGAAGAGCAUUCCAGUCCUGAUGCUUCAGUGAAUCAGUUGGAAGAUGUCAAUGGUGUUGCGCGCAUCGCCACUCCAGUUGAAAAGGCAGACGAUGAGAGCACGACCAAAAAGAGGCCACACUAUUAUUAUCUCGUUGGUGAAGAUGAGCAAACGUUUACUCAGAAAGUCCAAGAAGCCGUUUCGGGAUCUAACAGCGAGCCAAUCCCGUGGGAGCCGUCCAAGCUCAUCGUCUACGGCCGUCAAAUAGUCACUCCGCGCUACUACAACGGCUUUGUGUUUUGGAACUUUGACAAGCUCGUCGAAUCAUUCGGACCGGCAGACUAUCUCACAAUGGCAUCCACUUACCACACAUUCAUCAUCGACCGCGUCCCCGUGCUGACAAUACUAAGCAAAAACGAAGCAAGGCGCUUCAUCACCCUCCUCGACGCUAUGUAUGAAGCUCGCUGUAAGCUCAUCAUCCGCGCCGAAAACCCUCCUGAUGAUCUCUUCUUCCCCGAGACAUCGCUAUCUACAAGCUCAUCAGGAAAGUCCGACGACAACAGCGAGAAUGCAAACACCGACGCUGACGACGCUACAUACUCGGAAACCGUGGCUGAAGUCUAUCAAGACCAAAUCUCCCCCUUCCGUCCCAACGUGUCCUACUACGACACCAGAUCUGCCACAUCCAAGUACGACCCGGACCAGGAUUCCGACUUUGGCUUACAGAAGCGGCCAGUCGACUUUGGUAACACGGGCGCCUUUACGGGAGAAGACGAACGCUUUGCUUAUAAGAGAGCGGCUUCGCGAUUAUGGGAGUUGUGCAGCGCGAGGUGGCAUGCUAGAACAGGAGAUUGGUGGCAGCCGUUGACAAUAGAGGCACGGCACUGGGAAGGGGGAGAGGCGUCGAAGCCUUAUAAGGUGAAGCCCAUGGUGAAGCAGACCGUGGACAGCGCAGAGAAGAUGGGGGAGAGUGUAGAGGUAGAAGAGGUAGCAGGACUAUCAAAAUGGAGAAUUGAGCAUCUGAAGAAGCUGAGCGGGGAAAAGGAAUGA